AUGACGAGCCCUAUCCCUAAUAUUGCUUCUGGUUCUUCUGAUCAAGAAAAUAGAAGAAUUGAUGAUAAGUGUUUGAAAAGAAAAAGGAAGCCAUGUGUUGAUUGUCAUAAUGAUAAAGACUUGGAUGCCGCGGCGAAGAAGAAGAAGAAGAAGAGAACAUAUAUGAUGAAGGUGGACAUGGGUGUUUAUCAACCACCUCCUGAUUUGCCCGAAAAGUACAAGCAAAUGGUGAAUGGGCCAAAUGCGGCAUUGGUGAUACAAAAGCAGUUGUUUACGAGUGAUGUGAACCCUGACCUGAACCGGCUGACAUUGCCACCAAAACAAAUUUUGUGCAAGGAGUUGCUGAGACCUAAUGAGAUAGAAAUCCUUAAGCCCAAAGAUGCUUUGCUUAAAGUUCCAUUUAUAGACCCAGAGCUCAGAAAGGAAGAGAUUUCACUGAGUUUAUGGAAGCUGUCGAGCUCAAAUGAAAGGUCCCUUGUGUUCAAAUCUGAAUGGAAUCACAUUGUUAAGAAGAACGAUCUGGGUGAAGGUGAUCUGAUCCAAAUCUGGUCAUUUCGGGAUAGCAACGAUCAACUUCAGUUGGCACUUGUUGUGGUGAAGAGAGCCGAGAAACGCAAAAGUGGUGAGGAAGUGAGAAGCACCGCAAGAAGUAGUAGUGUGAGCAAUGUCAGUGAGGACAGUGCAAGUGCAAGCCACAGUGGAAGAAAAUGUCUCAAAAUCCGAUUUAAAUGUAAUGCUAGCAGGAGUGAGAGUACUAGUACAUGUGAAUUAUUGAGUCAAUGAGGAAAGAAACCCAUUUUUGUAAUUUGUGAAUACUCUCCGAUCCUGGUGGGCUUGCCACAAUGCCUUUGCUAAAUGUAAAUGAGAAAACAAAGUCAUUUGGUAUGCUGGAUUUGGUAAAUGCAGCUUGCUUUUGGAGUUUGUGGUGGCUCUUUGGUUUUGAUUCUGUAGAUGAUGUUUGUUUCAAUUCUCUU